AUGCUGCAGCCCGGGGGUUCCAGAAGUUGCCGGGUCUUCCCAAGGACAUUUGUGUCCCACUGCGGCAGAUUUUGCCCAUUUAUCGUCUGUGUAUUCACAUUCCUGCCCUUUGCAUUGCCUCAGGAGCACAUAGAGCCCGUCAGUAGUGUAGGCGACCCUCAUGUCGUCUCAUCAGGUCAACCUGUGGAACCGGCCAUUGCAGCUGUCCCUCUUGCCUUCUCCCCCGAACUUGAUACUGAGAUGCCAGACGAUCGUCCUCAAGUUCUUCUCCUGUCCCCUCCGUUCGCGGAUAACGCUGUCCAAGGGACUGAACCAACUUCCGCGUCACCUUCAACCACGGACAAUGCCGGUGGCGAUUUGCCUUCGAACACAGUGUUGCGUGGACCAGUCUCACCGACUUCAGCUCCCCAAGAAUCGGUGACUCCCCCGCAUCAACUGAAUCAGUACAGUUCUAUCCCACAGUUUGCUCCUAUGACGGUUACCAUUGUUGUUGGAGCCGGAGAGACUGUGAGGGACUGCACUGAGGAGCUUCCAUCCCAGAGUUUCCUGAUGAGCGUCGCCAGACGUUUUCAGCAGCUCCAGCUCCUGCCCCUGCUCGCAGCCUUUGGUCAACAGAGCUUGAAGGUGGUGACUAACCGCGUGCACUCUUCUACUCCGUUGGUUCCUCCUGCUCCUCGUCUUCUGCAGGCAGAUUCCCUCUUGCUGUUCCGCGAAACUUCGACGAAAGAAAGGACACAACAAACGAUGCUAGUAGAAGUAGCGUCGCGAACACCCAUGCUCCCGCAGUUCGUCUGGCAACGGGGCCUGGGUUUCAAGGCUCGAAGUGCAGCGGUACAACCCAAUAUCGCUCUGUGGUCUAACCAGUUGUUUGCCCCUUCUCGGCAGCCCCGCCUGAUGGAGAGGGCCGGCUCAAAAAACCAGCCCGUCUUCGUGCCACAGCACGUUCAGCCAAAUGUCCUAGAAGGACUUCAGGAGAAACCUCACUCAAAUGAGUCGCAAGGGACAACUCCUCAACUUGGAGGUUCCUUUUUGGGAAGUAUUCUGCAAGCUCUUGAAGGUUCUCCCAUUCGAGUUAAUUUAGGAGAUAUGGCAUGCGCCGCACUUCCUACAUCUGCUUUGAACCGGAAGCUCUCCUGCUGGCUUCUGGGAGCAUUCACUGAGCGUAUUCUUUGCCGUACCGCCUGGUUUGACCCUUGUCAGGCCAUAAGCGAAGAAACGGCCCAUGGGAAGCCGCCCUUGUCUCCAGUAGUGUUGCCACCAGGGGGGCCGGAGACCCUCUCCCUUCCAAUGAAGCGUUUACUGCAUCCAACUAGAGGAAUCCCCAAGAAGAUCCCAAAAGAUGUCAUUAAGGAGGAAGGGCCUGCUUACCAGCUGUUGUGGCAAGCACUCACCCGUCUAGAUGACAUCUGGGCGCUCGCUUACUGCGGCCGCGAGCUGCCACCCGGGAAUCCUGGAGCGGCAACUGCAACGGGGCAGCCACCUGGAGGUGAGGAGCGGCAGCGACACCUACAGCAACAAACCCAGCAGCAGCCGAAACCCGAUACGGCACACCGAGAAGGCGAGGAAGAUAACGAACGCGAUAAGGGGAAAAUGCAAACAGAACUACCACCGCCCUUUUCACUGUGGGAAGGCGCAUCUCUUCCUGGUUUAAGAGGGACUCCACCGCUUUCUUUGUGGAAUUUAGGGUCCACAGCAAAGCCUACAUCUGCUGCUUCAGCAUCUACUGAGGAAGCAGAAGAGGGUGCGCCAGCAGAAGUCCCAGAGGCGCGAACGGGAUCAUUCGCGUCCACCUUAGGGCAACCGCAAAGUCCCCCUUCUCAUUCCUCCGGAGACAAUGAAACAGCAACAGGACCAAGAAACACAUCAACAGGCCCCUCAGCACGCCCUUCACCCUCAGUCAGUGAGGCAAAACCCACGCGGGCGCGUGACUUUUCUCAAGUGUUACCUGACGGAGCGCCGCAUCUACAAGGUCAGGACCUCCUGCCCGGCUGGCGGACGGAGUUAGUCUUGAAGGCUCUUUCUCCUGGAGUGGGAAAUAGGACAAAUGUCUUGGCUGUUGCUGGGAGGAGAGGGACCGACGUGCUGAUUGCGUUUAGGGGCACCAAGACACAAGUCGAGUGGAUUUUGAAUGGCCAGGCAGAGCAUGCGUUCAACUGGUUGGGAGAGGGGGAAGGACGGACAGCUGCUGGCUUCUCACACAUCUUCAGUGCCGCCUGGCCAGCGCUACAGGUUUAUCUUGCCUCAGUAGAUAGGCCUGAGGCACCUUUGAAUCGGAUCAUUAUAACGGGGUACUCUCUGGGAGGCGCAGUGGCAGCCCUUAUGGCCUAUGGCAUAGCCUUGAAUUAUCCUAAGAAAGUUGAUGCAGUUAUAUUUGGAGCACCACGUACUGGAGACAGUGCAUUCACGGCUGCCUGGGCUAAGAGAGUCAACGGGCGCAACAUCGCUUUCACUUUGGACCCCAUCCCCAGAACGCCGUGCAAAGAGAUGCCCGCAUGCGACAAGCCAGGCACGAGGGGCCCUCUGACCCUUCCCCAAAACUUCCUUCGGUUAGCAACAUUCGCCCCCAGAAGGAAUGGAGCUAGCGGGAGGACUGAAAGCACCAGCACAACGAACGGCUACGGGGACUUCCAUGGCCUUGUCUCAUUCGGACCUGAUGAGCUUGGGGGAUCGACACGCAACAGAAUUAGUCCCGUUUACGUUAGUUACAACCACAUCUGCUCCUACCCAUGUUGGCUAGCCACAAAUUUCAACCCUGGAGAGCGCCGUACACUCUGCCAAUUGCCCGAUUUCUCCAAUCAGUGGGAUCCUGCGCUCUCACCAGACACCUGCCCUGCUCUUCUGUCGUGA